CAGAAUCAGUGUCGCAAUUUAGAAUUGGAGCAAUUCUAUCAAUCUUACAUGCAACGUUUGCGCGUGAGUUAUCUAUCGUUAUUCAUCUUUAUCGAGCUGUUAGUAGUAGGUGUUCAUUCUGUAAUCUUGCUCGCUACCAUACCCAAUCUUGAAAAUGUGUCAGCGGACAUUUUUGCUUAUAUUAUAUCGGCUCUAUUGGUUUGGGCGAUAUUGGCUUUAAAUUUUCGUAAUGAAUUGGUGAAACGUUUCAGUUGGAUUAUGUACGUAACAUCGUGGUUGGCUGUAGCGCUGCUGGCAGGUACCGAUAUCGGGGUUUCCGUAUAUCAUGCUGUCAUAAAUCUUGAUUUAUUGAGACCAGCGUUCGGUAGCUAUAUUUUAUAUGCUGUAUACAUAUUUAUGCCCUUACCUGAUAAUGCGCAUGCAUCUCUGUUGGGUACCUCUGUGACAUUGUCUUAUCUCAUCGAUUAUGCAUUCGUUACGUAUCGCAAACAUGCUAAUGGAUCCGGCGGGUUAGACUUCAUAAAACUAAUAACUGAAACGAUAUUUUUAAUCUCGAUAAAUCUAUUGGGUAUACAUUUUCGUAUGAUGAAAGAGAUAGCAAUACGUACAACAUUCCUAGAUCGACGGCAAUAUGUCGAGGAGAAUUUAAUGCUACGUUACGCCCGAGAUGAAGAGAAAAGUUUAUGGCUAAGCAUAAUACCAGCUCAGAUAGCUAAUAAGAUCGAACAGGAUGUCAAGGCUCGCGUCGAACAUAUACGAGCUAGAAAGCAACGUCUCAUCUCGCAAAGUAAUAAUGAUGCGAAAAUAGAGGCCAAUUCGAAUAGAGUACAUAGUCCAACGAUUUUGAAAUACUGGCGUCAACCUGACACCGAAAAACUUUUCAUUGAACCCCACGAUGAUGUUACGAUACUUUAUGCAGACGUUGUCAACUACACCUAUUUGACAACAACCUUAGAUGUGAAAACCUUGGUAGAAACUUUGCAUGAUCUCUUUGUGAAAUUCGACACGGCCUCUGAGGAAUACAAUGUGUUGCGCAUCAAAUUUCUAGGCGAUUGUUAUUAUUGCGUGGCAGGAGUUCCACUACCUAAUGAGUAUCAUGCCAAAUGCUGUGUGGACUUGGGUUUACGUAUGAUUAAAGAUAUACGUGAUGUAAGAACACGUCGUAAAUUAAACAUCGAUAUGCGUAUCGGCGUGCAUUCUGGUAGUAUUCUAUCCGGGGUAAUUGGGGCCUGUAAAUGGCAAUACGAUAUAUGGUCGAAAGAUGUCGAUAUUGCUAAUCGUUUGGAACAGACUGGAAUAGCGGGACGGGUGCACGUUAGCGAAGAAACCUUAAAGCAAUUGGAUGGCGAGUACAUGUAUGAGGAAGGUACUCCCCAAGCUCGUACCGAUCCGGUACUCAAAAAAUUUGGCAUAAGAUCAUUUUUAAUUAAACCGCCCAAGUAUUCCUCGUACAACGAAUUAAGACGACCUUGGUCAGCAAUACGUCGUCAGAUAGAGCAACGUUUAAAACCCGAAUUAUCUACAAACUUUAUGCAAAACAAUAUCGAACAAUUUAAUCAGAUACGCACACAAGCUAAAUUGGAAAUGAGUCGUGAGCUAGAUAAGAUGCCCAUCAGUCGAAUUCAACUUUGGAAAUUUUGUUUUGGUCGAUCGAAGCGUUUAACUCAAGAUGAAAUGGAAGAACAAAAUUUUCGCCGGAAUAUAACAUCGAUGUGCUUGUUUUUCAAAGAUUGGCGAUGGGAAAUGCAAUUUCUACGUGAACCAGACGAUAUGCUUAAGUACAGUGUGAUUAUGGGCGUCAUCAUAUUUUUGGGUAUAAUGGCAAUACAAUCGAUUAAUAAGAUUCAAUCCACAAAUUUUUGGGCCUCGAAUGCGUUUUACAUUGUUUUAAUAAUUGUUUGUAUAUUUUUGUCAUGGUUUAAAAAGCUAUGGCUUAUGUUCUUCGCUGAAGCUGACAAAACUGAUCCCGAUAAUAAAAUUUUAUUAUUUCUCUACGAGACUUCGAAAAGUUUACAAAGCAGCAUAAUAGCACGGCUCAGCAUAUAUAUUCUAAUUAUAAUCAUUUGCUGUUCCGCGACAUUUAUGCAAUUGUUAGACUGCAAUAAUUGGCCCGUUUAUGGUUCCGAUAAUGACAGUAAUGGUAGUUUAAGCUCGCAGGCAUUUUCUAAGGAUCGAAUAUGUGAAGAAGGAUUCAAUCCUUGGGGUAUCACCGACAGUUUAGAAUUAACCAUAUGCGUCGUCUUUCUCUUCUCGCGUAUACCGUUUGUGGUGAAACUUGUUAUUGGUCUUUUAAUAUCGUCUAUUUAUAUAGUGAUUAUAUUUGUUAAAUACGCAUUAAUUUACGAGUCUAGUCCUUCGUCUAACGUGCAAUUGCAAGCCGAAUAUUCGCAUGUCUUGGUGAUUGUUAUAACAUUUUUCAUUUUCCAUUUAAUGGAUCGCCAAACCGAAUUUAUAUCAAGAGUCGAUUAUAAUUGGAAACGUCAAUUGCAAAAAAAGCAGGAAGAUGCCGAGGUAACCAACGAAUCAAUAUCAGUGUUGAUUAAUAACAUUCUGCCAUCGCAUGUAGCGGAUAUUUAUAUAUCCAGGGAAAUGAAGAAUGAAUUGUAUUAUGAGGAAUAUGAUAACGUGGCGGUAAUGUUUGCCUCGAUUGAGAACUAUGAUACCGAAAACGUUGGCUUACGAGUCCUAAAUGAAAUCAUAUGCGAUUUUGACGACGUGUUGAAACAUUUCGAAUCGGAAGGGGCGUUUAAGAUUGAAAAAAUUAAAGUGGCAGGAUGGACUUAUAUGGCGGCGUGCGGUUUAGAUUUAGCUCGUUCGGAACAUGUUAAUACUCAGAAUACAUUCCGUAAUUCAUCGUUAUUGCCAAACGGACGUAGAUCCCAUUAUAAUAGCAGCAAUUCGAAUCGUUCAUCUCAAGAGGUCAAUAUAAAAGUGGAAUCUUCGGCGAAAUCGGGAACCAAUGUUAAGCGUUCUUCUAGUCAAUACGAAGGUCAUUCAAAUAUUAGCAGGAACGCUAAAAAUCGUAAGAUCAGUAGCCCUCAGCAAAGCAAUGUCGUUUUUGUGAUGGCACAAUUCGCUUUGGAACUCAUGCGCACUAUACACUCUUUCAAUAUGGAGAAUCUGCAAUGUGAAGAUGGUAAUUCUGACCAUGGCAUGUUACGCGUAGGCAUAAGUAACGGUGAAAUAAUGGCCGGCGUAGUUGGCUCGUCUAAGCCUCAUUACGAUAUCUGGGGUAACGCUGUAAAUAUGGCCUCUCGGAUGGAUUCGACCGGUUUGCCCGGCCAUAUUCAGGUUACCGAAGAAACUGCCCAAAUAUUACGGACAUUCAAUAUACAAUGCAAUUUUCGUGGCCUGACCUAUGUUAAAGGUCGUGGUGAGAUACCCACAUACUUUGUGGGUAUAGAUGAGAAUCUAAAUUUUAUACCCGAUUCAAAAAUAAACACCAGAGAACCGAAUGCAUAAAAUAUAUAUAAUUGUUUAACAUUUAUUUAUGUACAUAUUUCAUUUUACUACGUAAUUUACUUCUAAGACUUGAUUCUUUUACUUAUAAAAUUGAUAUCUCUAACUGAAUAAGUUUUGUAACAAAUAUUGUUAUUAUAGAUACGAAAAGCUGUUGUCACUUGUCUGUCAAUUAUAAUUACAUAUCAUAAUCAUAGCAGUUGUAAAAAAGUAUUCAUCCUUCUCCGAUAUUGGUCAGUCGUAUCUUUUUAUAUAGAAGCAAUUACUUUCUUAUAAAUACGAAAUAGAAAGGCUCGAUACUCUGGCUAAAGCGAUGUCGUAUAUAACCAAUUCUCGAAAGAAUCAACGUAUAUUGAUAUGCUUAAUCC